CAAACCCGAUAUCAGCCGUUUCCUAAACGACGACAAAACACAUCAUCACAACAACUACAACCACAUACCACUCAAAGAAGCGUCGUACCGUUUACCACACACGCACACAUCCCCUCACACCCGACAAUCAACACCUCUUGCGCAAGGAUGACCACCAUCGUUCAAACGCAACCCAAACCCCACAACCCUCUUCCUCAGGGCCAGCUCCCUUACUCUUCCCAGUUCGAACCUCAAAACCAACAAUCUCGUCAUCAACGCAACCGCAGCCACGGCUCGGUCAACGCCUUUGACGGGUACACGGCGAGGACGUCGGGGAACACCCAGAGUUCGAGAGGAGUACGCCAGCAGUCUCCGGAGGAACAAGAGUACACGCACGCCAUGCAACUGCAGGUCCAGAAACAGAUGCAAUUGCAGAUGCAGAUGCAAAUGCAGAGCAAGCAACAAGCCGCGAUGAUGGACGAGAAACAUUACCCUUCUUCUUCGCAACAUGAGCAUCAGUAUUCGAACGAUGGGAUGGAGGAGACCAACGCCGAGUUGGAGAUGGAACAGGAUUCUCUGGUCGGACCGAGCGUGUGCGUGCAUAUCGUCAUGACGGUCAAGAGCGAGUGGAUCCACGAGGUCAAGUUCCUGAUCCAGCGGAUAAAGAAGUGGGCAGAGGCGCAUGAACCUGGGUUGUUGACCUUCCGAGCGACGGUCGCCGUAGACAACCCUUGCGAGAUCAGGUUAUUCCAAGAGUACUCCAACCUGGACGCCUACAGGGUACACGAGACCAACCCGUUCAUGCAAGAGAUGGUCAACGGCCUGGCGGACUACCUGGAGGAGGACAUGGAGUUCUUCGAGUCGCAAGAGUUUGCCCUCUGAGCGUCCGAAGCCUCGAAGCCUCGAAGCCCCUCCAUAACGAACUCCUCU